GAGCAGGACCCCCCUGUUUGCUCUCUCUAGCUUGCCAGAGCGACGAACUCUCUUGCGCACGACGGAAUUCUUGCGCGUAGGAACAGGAAGGUUUGCUAGUACACAUCCCUCCAUCUAAUUAUGAAGGCAGCAGCGAUGAUUGCGCUCGCCAUGUGCGGAGCUACGGGAACGGCCGCGUUCCAGAUCCCGGUUUUCACUCGUCCAGCAACGGGCGCAUCAAGCCGCAGCGCGCUCUCGAUGGCGCAGCCCACGGUCGGGACUGGAACGGGCAAGAGUCUCGAGUACAAUCCGGAGAAGUAUGGCGACGAGAAGAACGCGGGAAACUACCGGAAGCUGUCCGAAGCGCUAGAGGCUGCGGAUGUGGAGGCUCGCUUGGCCGAGGAGGCGGCAGACCAGAGGGCGAGGGCGGGCGAGAUCCGCCGAGAAGCGAGGAUGGCCAAGAUUAAGUUCAUGGAGGACAUGCCCGACAACACCGAGGUGGGUACCGUUGAAGAGUUCAUGUUCAAGGAGGGCGUACGGGACAUCCUCGAGAAGCUGGACUCGGACCUUGUGGGGUUGAUUCCCGUCAAGCUGAGAGUGCGCCAAAUCGCCGCCCUGCUGGUGCUUGACAAAAUGCGCGGCAAGCUGGGCUUCGACACUUCCGUGCCUUCCCUCCACAUGUGCUUCACGGGCGCCCCCGGCACGGGUAAGACCACCGUUGCUCUUCGCAUGGGGCAAAUCUUGCAGCGUAUGGGCUACUGCCGACAGGGACACGUCGUGGUGGCAACGAGGGACGACCUGGUGGGCCAGUACGUUGGCCACACCGCCCCCAAGACCAAGGAAAUGAUCAAGAAGGCAUUCGGAGGUAUUCUGCUGGUCGACGAGGCGUACUACCUGUACAACGCGGCGAACGACAAGGACUACGGUCAGGAGUCGAUCGAGAUCCUCCUUAACGUCAUGGAGGAGCAGAAGGACGACCUCAUCGUCACUCUUGCCGGAUACAAGGACCGCAUGGACCGCUUCUUCUCCUACAUCCCGGGUAUGUCGAGCCGUAUCGGAAACCACAUCGACUUCCCCAACUACUUGGUCGACGAGCUGGUAGAGAUCGCGAUGGUGAUGGCCAGGGACCUCCAGUACUUCAUGGACGACGCGGCCCUCGCGGUGUUCAAGGAAUACAUCGAGACCCGCAUGAAGUUCCCUUUCUUCUCCAACGCGCGAACUGUCCGUAACGCCAUGGACCGUGCUCGUAUGAACUCUGCGAUCCGCGUUUUCAACAACGCUGUAGUGUCUGAAGGCGACGGAGGCAUGGUUUCCGAGAAGGACUUGGCUGUGAUCUGCGACGCGGAUUUCCAAGUUCUACUUGACGAGCUCUUGGCGUACGAGGCCGUGGGCAAGCUCGACGCUAUCGUUGCCUAAGAUAAUUAAACGUACGAUGCUGCGAGCUUGUAGCGUGUGCCAGGAUCAGAGUAUAGCUACUGCUGUGCCUGAUGCCGUAUACGACAACCAUAUCGUGUCCCAUCUUCGAUAUUGUCGCGGACUAACGUUCGACACGUGUGUGUUUGGCUGAGCCUUGGGAAAUUCGGGCCUCACAAUUGCGAGCCCCACUACAGACGAACAACGGUUGUACCGAAAAUAGUAGAUCGCGGUACACCGCGAAAAUAUUAGGCUCAUUAGAAAAUGUUUUCGCCGGCUGUUCAAAAUGUCGGCAAGUUUUUCGGACUUGGCAUUAGUAGCCCAUGUUUUUAUCUGUUGGCACUUCGUCCAACUGCAUGGACAAUUGCAGCAAGUCUAGGUGCAAUUUGAGGGAGAUGGUUUUUUAGAAGGUUGAAUACCCGAGGGAGGGUGAUAGCUUUGGGUUUUUUAGGUAUCCGUUUUGCCACGGAAAGAACCUGCAGCCACCUACCUAGUGCUUACCGCUGGUGGCCAUUGGUGGUCUCCAUGUAGUAAUACGUUUCUCACAGACACCAGCCCUCUCUCGGCACGUACCCAACUGUGCCAUCCCAGCACCUAUCAACGGUGUUAUGAUGAAGACCA